AUGCCUGCUGCCGAUAAGAAGCCCAGGACCUUAUACGACAAGGUCUUGGAUGCGCAUAUUGUCAAUGAGCAAGAAGAUGGUACUAUCUUGUUGUAUAUCGAUAGACAUCUUGUCCACGAAGUGACUUCACCACAAGCCUUUGAGGGUCUAAAGAAUGCUGGUCGGAAAGUCCGCCGGCCGGACUGCACUCUUGUCACAGUUGAUCACAACAUCCCAACAUCCACUCGAAAGAACUUCAAGAACGUCGAAGAGUUUAUCGAAGAGACCGACUCCCGUCUGCAAUGUGCCACACUGGAAGAGAACGUAAAGGACUUCGGACUUACAUAUUUUGGCAUGGGAGAUAAGCGCCAGGGUAUCGUUCAUAUCAUUGGCCCAGAGCAGGGUUUUACUCUUCCUGGAACGACAGUCGUUUGUGGUGACAGCCAUACCUCAACACACGGUGCGUUUGGCGCCCUCGCUUUCGGUAUCGGUACAAGUGAAGUCGAGCACGUCCUCGCCACCCAGACCCUUAUCUCUCGCAGAAGUAAGAACAUGCGUAUCCAGGUCGAUGGAGAGCUCCCCGCAGGUGUUACUAGUAAGGAUGUUGUUCUCCAUAUCAUUGGUGUUAUCGGAACUGCCGGAGGUACUGGUGCCGUUAUCGAAUUCUGCGGCUCUGUUAUUCGCGGCUUGAGCAUGGAGGCUCGUAUGUCGAUGUGUAACAUGUCUAUUGAGGCUGGUGCUCGUGCUGGCAUGAUCGCACCCGACCAGAUCACGUUUGACUACCUCAGGGGUCGUCCUCUCGCCCCGAAGUACGACAGUGCUGAGUGGAAGAAGGCUGUCAACUACUGGUCGAGCCUGGCCUCCGAUGAAGGCGCUGUCUAUGACAAGACAAUCGUGCUUGAUGGUAAGGAAAUCAUCCCAACUAUCUCCUGGGGUACUUCUCCUCAGGAUGUCAUUCCUAUCAAUGGCGUUGUUCCAGGACCCGAUGACUUUGAGGAUGAGAACCGCAAACUUGCCUGCAAGCGUGCACUUGAGUACAUGGGUCUCGUGGCUGGUACUCCUAUGAAGGAGGUCCAGAUUGAUAAGGUCUUUAUCGGUUCUUGCACGAACGCUCGUAUUGAGGAUCUGCGGGCAGCUGCUAAGGUCGUUAGGGGUAAGCAGAUCGCCCCUAAUGUCAAGCGCGCGAUGGUCGUCCCUGGUUCAGGUCUCGUGAAACAACAGGCUGAAGCCGAAGGUCUCGAUAAGAUCUUCACUGACGCUGGCUUUGAGUGGAGAGAAGCUGGCUGUUCCAUGUGCCUGGGUAUGAACCCCGAUAUUCUUUCGCCCAAGGAGCGCUGUGCUAGUACGUCGAACCGUAACUUCGAGGGUCGCCAGGGUGCUCAGGGUCGUACUCACCUGAUGUCCCCUGCCAUGGCUGCGGCAGCUGGUAUCGUCGGAAAGCUUGCGGAUGUCCGUGAGCAUGUUGUCACUAGCCCCGUUUUGGGCAAGGUACAACCCAGGGUUGAUGUCCAGCCGGAGGCGGAAGAUGUCGACACUGAGGAAGAACUCGACCGUAUCUUGGACCAGCCCGCAGACAACGAACCCCACACCAACACCUCUGCCGGCUCGAGCGCUGGCCUGCCCAAGUUCACCACCCUUAAGGGCAUUGCUGCCCCCAUGGACCGCUCCAACGUCGACACUGACGCCAUCAUUCCCAAGCAGUUCCUGAAGACCAUCAAGCGGACCGGUCUUGGUAGCGCGCUCUUCUAUGAGCUGCGCUACAAGGAUGGCCAGGAAGACCCCGAGUUUAUCCUGAACCAGGGUGUCUACCGCAACUCCAAGAUCCUGGUCGUCACCGGUCCCAACUUCGGCUGUGGUAGCUCUCGUGAACACGCACCUUGGGCCCUCCUCGACUUCGGCAUCAAGUGUGUCAUCGCUCCCUCCUUCGCUGACAUUUUCUUCAACAACACCUUCAAGAACGGCAUGCUCCCUAUCCCGAUCUCCGACGAAGCCGCUUUGCAGAAGAUCGCCGCGGAGGCCAGCGCAGGCCGUGAGAUUGAAGUCGACCUCGUCAACCAGGAAAUCAAGGAUGCCCAGGGCAACAGGCUCUCCGGGUUCGACGUUGAUGCUUUCCGCAAGCAUUGCCUGGUCAACGGCCUGGACGACAUCGGCCUGACCCUCCAAAUGGAAGGCAAGAUCCGCACGUUCGAGACCAAGCGUACUCUCGAAACUCCCUGGCUCGAUGGAAGUGGCUAUCUGAAGCGUGGCAACCGUGGUGCCACCAUGGUUCAGGCUGCUCCUCUUCCUAAGACCAACCGGGGAGAUGUCAAGACCGAGCCUUUGGAAUGGUAA